CGAGGAGUUAAACAGAAGCCCAGUUCAGAAGAUAAUGCACUGCGGACUUGUUUGGUUUUAUUCCCCUUUGACUUCAAAGGGAUGCAAGUAAAUCUUCUUCCCGGCAGGUCGCUGAAGAUACUAAUGAGGUGUCUUUACAACAGGAGCUUAACUCCUGACAGAGACGUGGACGGCGCUUUUCUCCCUCGAUACUAACUGCUCAAUCAGAGGACUGUCGCCUUGUUGUUUGCGCUAUGAUCAGUGGCUCUUAAGCGGGAACUGAAUUUCACAUUAACUGUUGUUCAAUAGACCAGAGAGAAGGAGAGCGAGAGAACGAGAGAGAGUGUGUUUGUGUGAGAAAGAAGGAGAGACUGAGGUAAACAAGAGGCUCUCCUUCACCAGCAAACUGCAGGAGUUCAACGUGAACGCUAAGUAGCCUCAAUGCCCUGCUGAAGCUUUGGAUUAACAGCUGAACACAGGUUUAAUAAGCUCAUGAAUCGCUGCUUGGAUUCAUUUAUGGGUUCAGCCAAUGAUGUGAGCUACCGUCUCUGCCUCCAGCACAUUGAAACAGCAGGUCGAGAGCUCUGGCAGUGCUUCAAAGCUUCUCAUACACGCAAAGAGAGAAGGGCUUCCGGGAAGCUGUCCUGAGGAGGGGACUAUUUCUCAGAGCAGUACACAGCUGCCUUUGCUUUGCUACAGCUCACAGACCUGCCCUUGACCAGCGGAAGCCAGCGUCCCUGACCAUCGGACGCCGCCGCCAACCUCCAAGCUCUGGAUGAAAGCCUCCAUGGAGCCGCGCUUCAUGGUUGGACCGUGGGGUUACCUUCUGGUAGGACAGGCGCUGAUGUGGGCCAGUACACACAGCGGGAAGGUGGGACAGUUGGAAGGACUUGCCGCUCACCCCGAGAACAGCACCAAGGUCUCUCCCUUGGACCAAGUGCUGGAGUCCACGGAGGUGCCCCAGAACUCAGACAGGUGUCGGGGCUACUACGAUGUGAUGGGGCAGUGGGACCCCCCAUUCAAUUGCAACGCGGGUACCUACCUUUACUGCUGCGGGACGUGUGGCUACCGGUUCUGUUGUGAGUUUAAGCAUGACCGCCUGGACCAGAGCACCUGUAGUAACUAUGACACGCCGAACUGGGCCAACACGGGGAAGCCCCCCGUCAAGGUGGAUGACAACAUCGAAGACCCAGCAAAGGACAAAACAAAUAUGAUUGUUUACAUCAUCUGUGGUGUCGUGGCUAUCAUGGUGCUGGUGGGGAUCUUCACCAAGCUCGGCCUAGAGAAGGCCAGGGGCCCACAAACCGAGAUGAACAUGUCCAGGGCCCUCACUGAUCUCCUGAAGCAGCAGGGAAACCCCCCGAUGGAUUGCAUCGAGCGCGAUGGGAGCGUCGGAGCAGUUCAGGUGCCCAUCACGGGCAGUCUCUCGCCGAGACCGUCGAGGAGCACUGCUGACCCGCCCCACCUGAACAAUGCCGCCAUAACCUCGCCCGCGCUCUCCCAGAUGGGACUACCACACCCACACAGCAACGUGCUCCAGCGGGUGGCCAGCGCCCCCAUCCACUCCGCCGACUACAACAAGUACGCGACGCUGAAGGCAGUGGCAGAGGCAGCCUCGGAUGAGUUUUACUCGAAGCGGUACCCUGUGAUGGAUCUGCCCGUCUCGGGCCCCGCCUUCCCCGCGAUCAAGGACAGGCAGCCGGGCGAGCCGUGCGCUUUCCUGGCCGUCACGCCCAGGCAGAAGACCAAAGCCAGCAAAACGAACACGCACCCUCUGUUCAGCUCGGGCUACGGGGGCUGGGAGCAGGGGCAGCCCCUGGGCCAGAGGCAGGCCUACACCAGCAAGAGGCAGUACAGCAUCGAGCACCUGCCUGAGAUCUUCAGCCCGCCGCUGCACUACAAGCAGCCCCAGCGACACCUCUCCACCAACAGCAAGACCGAGGUGACCGUGUAGCUGCCCGCGGCUCCAGGGAACAAGUCUGUUGUACCAAAGGCCACAACAAAGAGCAAAGUGAAGGAGAGCAGUGGU